AUGGGCUCAACUCAGUUCGGAAACUUCCGUGACUUCUGUCGCGAUUCGACCCUCCCGAUUUGCAAUAUAUUUCCAGGGUUCAGCUAUUCAGAUACCUCGAAUUUUGGAUCGUGCUACCUUACAGGCAUUUCGCUCAGCAAUGGAAGGCAUCUUGGAAACCUAGGAUCCAUACUGCUUUGCGGAAUCGCAAUCGUCGUAUCUGCAUAUCUGCUAUGGCGAUCAGAACGGAAACAAGCUGCGGUGGGACGAAGAGAGAUGCAGCUUUUUCUCCUAGGCUACCUAUUCAUCGAGAUCUGCGAGAUAUUCACCGUCGGAAAGUUCCCUUUGAACACGGACGCUAGAAUCGCCUUCACUGGUAUACAUCUUGGCUUGAUCGUCGCCACGCUCUGGAUCCUCAUGCUCAACGCUGCCGUUGGCUUCCAACUACUCGACGAUGGUACACCCCUCUCUGUCGGAUUGAUGACGGCAUCGGCUCUCGCGCUAUUCAUCGGGACGGGCUACAUCACUCUCGAUACGGGAUAUCAAUGGACCGGGUACUGGGAGUCAAGUUUAAGUGGGAACAACAGGAAUAUUGCGCUCUAUGUCCUCUAUCAACUGGCACCCCUGGUCUUCCUGUCCCUCUUCUUCCUUCUGGAGACGCUUCUGGUCAUCCGAGUCCUGGGCGAGCGCAAGCCCAUGAUCUACUUGGGAGCAGCCGCUGCUCUCUUUGCCCUUGGACAAAUCUUCAACUACCUUGUUAGCAUUCACAUUUGCAACGGGACCGAUGGCAAAAUCGACGGAUCAAUGUUUCAGACUCUGUUCACCCUCUUGUCGGUCGUUGCAGUGUGGGUCUUCUGGUCGAGCAUCACAGAAGACGACUGGCCAAUGCCUGCGGAUAACACAUAUCCGUGA